GUUUACACCACACAUGAUUAAUCCUGGUUUCACAAUCUCAGUUUGCUCUGUGACAGGGUUGAUGUGAUGAGCCUUGUUUAAAAAAGGCCAACUAAGACAACAUACCAAUACCAGGUUAUCUUUUAUUGCACUGGGAAUUCUAAAUAUGGACCAAGACUAGAUGUUUGUUAACAUUUCUUGCUUUGAUACCUGUUGUGUGGAUGCAUUUGAGGUGUAACAUGAAAUUUCGAGGGAAAGAUGCUUUUGAUUCACAGUAAGCACUUCUGAAAAAAUCUGCUGAGGAAGAUGGACGUUCUAAUAUUUAGUUGAGGCACAGAAUGGAGCCAAAUCGUCCAGUCCAGCAGGCUGAUCCAGAUGCACUGCUACAGAGAGCCAAACUUCCUAGAAAUUGGAAUACACCUUUUUCAAAGUCAGCAUCAAGCUCCAGAACAAUCCUUAACUUGGGGCCAGAAAUUAAGGAGAAAUGCCAAAGAGAAGCUGCCUAUCUGUUCAAGCUGGAGCAGGCCUUCAAGAAUUCACUGACUGACCUGAAAACUCACAUUCUAAAGCCUCUUGUCAAGGCUGAAACUUCUGAUCAAAAGAGCCGGCCACAGUUGAAAGAGGCUCUCCUUGUCUUGGAGGAGAGUCUGGAGGCUCUCUACAAUGAAUCAGAAGAACACUGUUUGCAUCUCGCUGAUACUUUGGACACAUUGACCCGAAAGGAGCUCUAUCUACUUGUAAAUGCACAACGGCUCAAGGAAGUUUACAUUCGGUACUUUACAGCAUUCACAAACUAUGUUGUUCUCUGUGGCUUUGAAAACAUUGCAAAACAAACAAGGUACGAGUUCAGGGGAAAAAGUGAAUAUUGGAAAAAGAACAAGAAAAGUUUGAAAGGAUUUCACCUCGAUUUGUCCUCAAAUACCUCGCUUUCUAUGAGCCUGCACAGAGUCUUCCACGAACCCAUACGUCUCCAGGUCCAGAAGUACAUUGACGUGCUCCGGAAACUCAGUUGGGGCUUGCAAAAGAGUCCAGAGACAAAGCCCAUUACUGAUGCACUUGCAACCUUUAUAGAUCUGGACAAAUGGAUCCGUCAGUCUCUGGAUGUGGCAACUUUGACUAAGACCCUGUGGAAUUCACUUGGAAGCAAAUUAACAGAGCUUUUGUUUCUUCCAGAACGGCGCCUGAGAGAAGACAGCAAAAAUGUCCCACUGACCUGUCCAGAUGGCAGGCUUUUGCUGUUCGAUGAUAGCCUUGUUUUUAUUCAGGCUUCUGAAAGUAGCAUCUACAAGCUUGACACACUGUGGGUGGAUAACAGUAGCUCUGAAAGAAAUCAAUUGAAGAUAAUUGUUCCAGAGGAAGAAUUUAUAUUCAUCAUUCAAGAUAUCCAGGAUAAGAUGGUGUGGUUUUGGAAGCUGAACCAAGCUAUUCGCCAGCACUUAGCUGGCAAACUGGAUUUCCCUUUGUGGGGUGAAGAAGGUGCAGAGGAUUCAUACAACAUGCCUGUUUGUCGUUUUGCUGCCUAUACUUUUAACAGCAACCCUCGAUUUAAGGAUGCAAUCUAUGAAGGGGACUGGUAUAAUGGAAAGCCCCACGGCAGCGGAAUCAUGAAAUGGCCAGAUGGACGGAAUUAUGCUGGAAAUUAUGAAGAUGGUGAGGAACAUGGUUUUGGUGUGUAUGUUGCUCCUGGAGGGCCAGAGAUCUUUGAUUGUUAUAAGUGUCACUGGAAAAGAGGGAAAAUGCAUGGCUAUGGCAUCUGUGAGUAUGGAAAUGGAAUGACCUACAAAGGUUAUUUUCAAGACAACCAGCGUCAUGGAUUUGGAAUUCUACACAGCUCUCGACUGGAAAAUCUUCCCUUUAAGUACGUGGGACAUUGGGAGAAUGAUAAGAAAAGUGGAUAUGGAGUAUUUGAUGAUCUUGACAGGGGAGAGAGGUACAUUGGCACAUGGCUGGAAGAUUGCAAGCAUGGGAAUGGUAUCGUAAUUACCCAGUCAGGACUGUGCUACGAGGGAAACUUCCAAUACAACAAGUUAGCGGGUCCUGGAACAAUUCUGUCAGAAGAUGAUUCUGCCUAUGAAGGAGAGUUCACAGAAGAGCUGUUUCUAACUGGAAAGGGAAAGCUCACCUUUAGUAAUGGAUACAUGAUAGAAGGAUUAUUCAGCAACAAAUGGGGAAGUGGUUUGAAGACCAAUGGAACAUUCUGCAAACCCACAGAAGAACUAAACCCUUUGAUCACCAGCAAAAUGCAAUUGGGCAGCCACAUAACCCCAGCUAAAGAUCGAUGGCAGGGAAUCUAUGACCAAUUUAGUGAUUUCCUUCGUUCUGGCUCUGAUGAAACUUCAAUGGAAUCCUUCCUUGGGUUUUACUCAAAGAACAGAGAACGACAGAAAGCUCUGAAGAGCAGGGCAAUAACCACAGAAGUGGGAAGUGCCAUGGAACAUUCCAAUGAAGAUCCGCUUGAUUUUUUAUCUUGCAGCAGGUCAAAUGCUACCAAACCUGAGAAACUGCCACCAAACCAAUGUAACUUGGCUGAGGGGAAAGAGUUGAAGGAGUACCUGAGUGAGGUCUUUGCGUCAACUCGUCAUCCUCUUGGAAAACUACUCCAGACAUUAAUUCUGGUUUUUCAGGACACGUAUUCUGGGAUCUGUAUGCACAAACGGCUACUCUCAAUGGCACAGCAGGAAGUUGUAUCACAUGCUAAGAAACUCUUUGAGUUAGCAAGGAGCUGA